ACAUGUAUAAUCUAUUAAAUACUUCUAAAAAUUUUAUCCAAUUUAAGGAAGUAUAUGAAAAAUAUGCGAGCACUUUAUCAAGUGGCAUAAGGACAAACAAAGAAAUAUCCCUGAGGGAGAGAAUAGCCAGGGAUAGGCUCAUGGGAACUGGGUCAUCAGAGGAGAUAGCUCAGAUAGAGGAUAUAACUGAAAUUCAAUAUUGGUGGGAAGGGAAUCAAUAUCGAUUUCCAGUUCUAUCAAAAAUAGCAAUGGACUAUCUCCCCCAGCAGGCUACAUCAGUAGCAUGUGAAAGGAUAUUUUCUAAAGCUAAUGAUAAAAUAACUAAAAAAGCAAUAGAAUGAAUCCAAAGAUGGUUCAAUCUAUGAUGGCACUUGAAUCAUGGAUAAAAAAUGGAAUCAUUUUUGAUUUUUUAGAAGAUAA